UUCGGUUGAUUCUUCAAAAAAGAUCUCUUCCAGAAAUCUGGUUACGCCAGGAAUUCUUAAUUCGCAAUAAUAUCUUGUCUCUCGACUACUUAAUUGCGUGUGAUAAAAGAUUUAUACACCCGGACUCAAGUAGCUUUAUCAAAUACUCGGUCGCUACUUUAUCGCAAUGAACGACGAUAUAAAAACUGUGGCGGUUUACCCAACAACAUUGGAAUUAACAACCCCAACAAAACCGGCUAAUGGCAGCAACGACGAUUACGAUCCUCACCAGCACCGCAAUGUGAAGAAUCCCACUACAAACUGGCAGACAUUCGCCCACUUUCUGAAGGCUUCUGUGGGCACAGGUGUUUUGGCAAUGCCCAGUGCCUUUGCGAAUGCGGGGUACGUCAAUGGCACAGUCCUCACUUUCAUCAUUGGGUCACUGGCCCUCUAUUGCCUGCAUAUUUUGAUCAGUUGCAUGUACACCUUGUGCAAUCGGCAACAGGUUCCCUAUAUCAGCUUUUCCGAGGCCAUGAACCUGGGCCUCAAACAAGGUCCACCCUGGCUGCGUUGUUUAGCACCCAUUGCUAUACCCCUUGUAGAUGGAUUUCUGGCCUUCUAUCAUUUUGGAAUCUGCUGUGUUUACGUGGUCUUCAUAGCGGAAAGCAUAAAGCAGUUGGUGGAUGAGUAUAUCGUGGUUUGGGACGUCCGAAUACACAUGUGCAUCAUAAUUGUGCCACUAUUGCUGAUAUACAGCAUUAGGAAUCUAAAAUUAUUAGCGCCCUUUUCUAGUGCUGCUAAUCUUCUGUUAUUUGUGGGCUUUGGCAUCAUUUUGUAUUAUAUAUUCGAGGACUUACCUCCUUUAAGUGAACGGGAACCCUUUGUGGCAGUCUCAAAAUUGCCCACGUUCUUUGGCACAGUGCUUUUUGCAUUGGAAGCAGUUGGUGUGAUUUUAGCUAUUGAAGAAAACAUGGCCACGCCCAGGGAUUUCGUAAAACCUUGUGGAAUCAUGAACGGUGGAAUGUCGAUAGUUCUGGGCUUAUAUAUACUCCUCGGAUUCUUUGGAUAUUGGAAGUAUGGAGAUGAGGCCUUGGGCAGUAUAACACUCAAUAUUCCACAGUCUGAUAUACUCGCUCAGGUGGUAAAGAUCUUCUUCGCGAUCACCACUUGGAUUUCCUAUGCCUUGCAGGGAUAUGUGACUGCCCACAUCCUGUGGGGUAAAUACUUGUCCAAGCGCUUCAAGGAAUCCAGGCAAACACUUUAUGAACUGAUCUUUAGAGCCCUUAUUGUGCUGCUCACUUUUGCCUGUGCUAUUGCCAUUCCGGAUCUAUCGGUGUUCCUGUCCCUCGUCGGAUCCUUCUGCCUGUCGAUCCUGGGCCUGAUCUUCCCGGCUUUACUCCAGAUCUGCGUUCAAUACUCCGAGGGCUACGGACCCAUGCGGAUAAAGCUGAUCGUCAACCUGCUGCUGUUGUGUUUCGGAGUUUUUGGCGGGGUGGUGGGCACAUAUGUGAGCAUUCUGGACAUCAUUGCGGUCUACAAAUAAACUUCGAAUUUAAGCUCGUUCAA